CCGUGUUUGGGAACUAGUCUCUGCGCGCUCUGGGACGAGAAAGGUGAACGCUGUGGGGCCUCGCUUCGCUGCCGCGUUCGCUCACGCUUGCAAAUGCGCAGAGGUGACAGGUUUGGGUUUGCAGUAGAAUUUUGUAUGGAGUGCUUCGCUGGCUUCCUAAAAUGAGUUCGUUCGGAUCACAGAGGGGUCUCAACACCUUGCCUAGGAGAAGCACGUCCAGGUCCGACGUCACCGGUGGGAAUUACGCUUACGCCAGGAGCGAUGGGCAAGGCGGUAAUGGAUACGGUGGAGACUACGCAGGGGGUUACAAUACCUAUUCAUUCUCCAAAACUUCUCUCGGAGGAGGAGGAUACGGAGGCUCUUACCAGGUCAACCCUAUUCACCAGAAGGCCUCCUUGUUGCACGCGCAAUGCCAGGACUACCUGAGCAGAGCGGAGCUCGUCCUCCAGUCUGGCAUGGAAGGUGGGCGGGUGACGGCGGAGGCGGAGAAGUACAUGGCCAUGGCCAAGGAGGUGCUGAAGGACCUCAAAGGCUGCGCCCUGGACCUGCGGCAGAUGGGCCAGCCCAACGACAGCGUCAUCAGGAGCGUGGAGCAGUUCCAGGACCAGCUUCGGGGGAUCCACUUCGCCCUCAACGGGACGGUCUCGCGCAAGAAGGGCAGCUUGAGCUGGGAGGACCCGGGCCGCAGCUUCCACGAGGCCAUCGCUUGGAUCGGACAGCAGAAGCGCCUUGUAGAGACGUCGUCGUGGGGGGACACCAGCGAUGUCAUCGACCAGCAGAUCAUCAAUCACAACAAGUUCCACAGCACCAUCCAGCGGAGCCCAGAGGUGGACAAGGCCAGAGACGAGCUGAUACAGAAGGGUGACAAAGCAGCCCUGAAUGCGCUGGAACAGGAAUGGGACAGCUUGCAGAAAUUGUCCUUCGACCGAACAAACCAGCUAAGGGACCUGCAGAAGAUCAUCCAAGAGAUCUCCCAGGAGAUCAUGUGGGUGAACGAACGGGAGGAAGAGGAGCUGAUGUUCGACUGGGGGGACAAGAACAUCGACGUCUACGUCCCCAACAAGCAGGAGAGCUACUCGAAACUGAUGAGUGACCUGGAAGAAAAGGAAAAAUUUCUGAACAAGCUGAAACACAAGGUUGACGGACUGCUGAAGAACGCCCACCCAGCGUCCGACAAGAUCGAGGCUUACAUGGACACACUGCAGACCCAGUGGAGCUGGCUGCUUCAGAUCACCAAAUGCAUCCAGGUGCACCUGAAGGAGAACUCAGCCUACAGCCAGUUCUUCAAGGAGGCGAAUGAGACAUACAGCAAUCUGCAGAAGGAGCAUGAAAAUGUCCGGAAGAAGUUCACCUGUGACAAGAACACGCCCUUGGACACUCUUCAAGAAAUGAUCCAGAAUCUGGAGAAGGAGAAGGAGAGGAUCAUGGAGAACAAGCGGCAGGUGCAGCACCUGGUCAACAAGUCCAAGGCCAUCGUGAGGCUGAGGCCCCGCAACCCUGAGGAGAAGAGCAACAGUCCUGUCAUCGUGCAAGCGCUGUGCGACUACAUGCAGGACCAGAAAGUCAUCUUCAAAGGCAACGAGGGAAUUCUGAAGGACAACACCGAGCGCAGCAAGUGGCAGGUCAUGGGGCCCGGGGGCCUGGACAUGAUCAUUCCCUCUGUGUGUCUCCUCAUCCCUCCUCCCAACCCGCUCAGCAUCAACCUCGCGAGCAAGAACGAGCAGUAUUACGAGGCCAUCCUGGGAAUCUGGAACCAGCUCUACAUCAACAUCAAGAGCCUGAUUUCCUGGCAGUACUGCCUCAAGGACAUCAGCUACAUCAACUCUCUCACCAUUACCAUGAUUUCCAAAAUGCGGCCUGAGGAAUACCGCAACAUCAUCAAGAGCCUGGAGACUCACUACCAGGAGUUCUCACGCCAUUCCAAAGGCUCCGAUUUGUUCGUCGAAGACGACAAAAAGCUCAUCGAGACGCAGUACACCGGGGCCCAGACCCACUACGACGAUCUGGUUGUACAGCUUCCUGCUUACACAGCUGCUUCAGCUCCUAAGAAAGAGGAGCCAACAGAGGUGAAGGAGGAAAAGGAGGGGGAGAAAGCGGAGGAGACUGUGGUGAAGGAGCCAGCGGUAAAGCUGACUCUGCUGACAGAGCUCCAGCUGCUGCGUCAGAAGAUCGAAGCUGCCGACGAGGGCGUCUCCCAGCACCUCCUCCUGCCCCUGGGGGAGGACGGCCUGCUGGAGUGCUCCCAGCGCCUCCUCCAGCUGGAGAGAAUUGAGCAGGAAGUGGACUUGAUCCGGGACGAGUACCUCAAGCUGAAGGAGAAAAUCCUGAAAUCCCUAGAGGGAAUGUCGGACUCGGACAAAGUCAAGUUCCUCCGACUCGAGCUCAACCACAUCAACCUGAAGCUGGGCGCCCUGGAGGGCUACUCCUCGUCCCACACAGAGAGGAUGAAGAAGCAGAUGGCCCUGCUGCAGGCCUUGAUGCUGUCUGAUGAUGUCAUCAAGGUGUACGAGGCCCGGCUGACGGAGAAGGAGACCACCUCUCUGGAUCCUGACGAGGUGGAGGAGUACAUGGCUACCCUGAAGCACAUGAGAUCGGAGCUGGAUGACAAGUCGCACAUCGUGAGUAAGCUGGAGGCGGAGCUGAGCGACUGCGUGGCCUUCCACACCCAGGUGGGCCAGCCCUGCCCCAAGUGCCAGCUGGACCUGACCAAGUACUCCGAGCUCACGGGCCAGCUGGCGGACCGGUGGCACCGCAUCCACAGCCAGUUUGACAGCAGGCUACUGGACCUGGAGAAGUACCUGCUGGAGCUGAAGCAGUACCGCACAACCAGCGCCUCCCUCGGCGAUUGGGUCGACGCCACCCGCCAGCGCCAGGAUGCCCUGCAGAGCGCCAAGUUUGACAACGUCACAGUCCUCAUGGAGCACGUCAACCAGCAGAAGGCUCUGAACUCUGAAAUUAAAGAGAAGAGGGAAGUGGUGGAAGAUGUUCUGAAGGAUGCUAGCAGAUGUGUUGCCUCCAUCAAGGACUGUGAGUUGCAGCUGGCCUCUUACGCCUCAGGCCUAGAGACUCUACUCAACAUCCCCAUCAAGAGGACCAUGUUGCAGUCCCCUGCCGCCACUGUCACAGAUGAGGCCGGUGACCUGCAGGCCCGCUACGUUGGGCUCCUGGCCAACUCCAACGACUACGGCAAGUUCCUGGCUGAAAUGCUGAAAUGCAUGGAGGAGCUGAAGAUCAGGAACACCAGGAUUGACCUUCUGGAAGAAGAGCUGAGGCUGAUAAGAGAGGAAAUGGAAGAGAAGAACCAGAAGAACAAGUCUCUGGGAGACCUUCUGGCGAAGUACCAGCUGGAGCUCACAGAGUCCAAAGACCAGCUACUGUCCUUGGAGGAGGUGAAGAGGAGCAAGGCUAUGGAGUGCGAUGCUGCCAAGGACGACCUAACUGCCACCAGCAGCCAGAUUUCAGAGCUGAACAACAAGUUGGCCCAGCUCACCCAGAUGCUGGAGGAGGAGCAGAGGAAGAAGCGGCUCCUGGAGGAGACGUACAAAUUCCACCAGGAGGAGUACGAGGUCAUCAUCCGGAAGAGGCAGAAGGAGUUGGAGGAGGCCAACUGCGCCAAGAUCGACAUCGAGAAGACUGUCAAGGACAAGGAGCGGGAGAUCGAGAGGCUGCAGAUGCAGCUGGAGAACGAAGCAUCCAGGAAGCGGGAACUGGAGUCUGAGCUCUCCAAGGUAAGGAACCAGUACAGCAAGGAGAUAAGCGACCUUAAGACGACCUACGAGUCCGAAAUCCACAUCACAAAGAUGCACGUCCAGACGGUCUCCAAGCAGAAGGAGGAUGAUUCGUCGACCCUGAAGACGCAGUACGAAGAGCUAGCAAAUGAGAAGCGGGACCUGCAGGAUGAGCUGAACAGGCUGAGACUCUCCAUGACGGAGGUGGAGGCAAUGAGAAGGAAGGCAGAGGAGGAAGUGAGGCAACAGAGGUCAGCGGGGACCGAAGAGUCCACGAUGAGAAAGGAGCUGACGGUCCAGAUUGACACCCUCAUCAAGCAGAGGGGCGAGGUUGAACUUCAGCAUAAGGAGGCCCUGGCAGGUGCCAACAGGCUUAUUCAGGAGAAGAACAAUGAGCUGACCAAGCUCACUCAGAACCUGGAGGAGGAGUACAGGAAGAAGAGGGCCCUUGAGGCGGAAAUCUCCAAACUCAAGCUGGCCCUGAAUGAACUUCAGGAAAAGUAUGCGUCCUCCGUCCAGGUCAUAGACGAGCUGAAGGUGUCGUCGGAGGAGGUGACCAUGGUCAAGGUUGAGCUGCAAAAGCAGACAAGUGAGAGGAGCAAGGUGGAGAAGUCCAUAGCGGAUCUUCAGGGCCGGAUCAGAGAUUUAGAGAGGAUGUUGGAGGCGGCUAAGGCUGAGGCAGAGAGUCACAAGAAGGCCAGUCUGGAGGAGGCCAGCAGGAGGCAGAGGGUGGAAUCGGAGCUGAACACCGUGAGGCAGUCACUCACCGAACACACAACCACCAUCAACCUGCUGAGGAAGCAGCAGGAGGAGACGUCCACCGCAGACAGGAGGGGUCAGCAGGAGCGGAGAGGCCUCCAGGAGAGCCUCGACAAGAGCCUGAGGGACCAGAAGGCCGCCACCGAGAAACUGGCGCAGCUUUCCGCCGAGCUGGAGGCUCUGCGGCAGCAGCUCGCCCAGGAGCGGGCGCGGGUCAGGGAGGCCAACCUCCGCAACGAGAGCCUGUCCAAGACCAUGGAGGAGAAGAGCAGGGCGCUGAACAGCAACGCCACGGAGAUCGGGAAUCUGCAGAGCCUCACCCAGAAGCUGACCAAGGAGCGGUUGACGCUGGAGGAGGAGCUGAGGGCCCUGAAGCAGGAGCUGGGCGACCUGAGGAGGUCCAAGGAGAGCAGCGGCCAAGAAACCAUGGCUCAGAUAUCCACCCUCCAGCUUCAGCUGCAGAACAGCAGCAAAGCCAGCCUGGAGUACCAGAGGCUGAUGGAAGAGCUGUCCAAAGAAAGGGAAAAGCUGAGACUGGAGAUAGACAAAAUCCAAAAGCAAGCGACGGAGGCAUCCAUGAAGAUACAGCAAUCUCAAGGUCAGCACGACGCAAUCCUGAAAGAAAGGGACAGUCUGUUGCUCAGGAUGAAACAAAUGGACCAGGACAAGGCCAAGAGUCAGAAGAAUGAUGAGGAGCUGAAACGCGUCAAGGUCACCCUGGAGUCUGAACUUCGGCUGAAACAAAGCCUCCAAGAGGAGAACAACAAGAUCAGGAAGGAUUUCGAGCACUGGAAGACUCAGUAUGAGCUGAAAGAGAAACUGGUCAGACAGUACGAAUCGGAAAAGGGCGCACUGGAGAAGGAGAGGAACUCCCUGAAGAAGGAGGUUGAAAGGCUUCUGUCGGAGCUGAAGCUGGUGGAGGAAAGGUACAAGGUGAAGCUGCAGAGCACCGAGAAGGAAAUGCAGAGUCUGGCCUCGCUGAGGGACAGCCUGGAGGCAGAGCUCAGAAGGCUGAGGCAGCGUCCAGAUGUGUACCACAAGCAGACGCAGACAGAAAUGGACACAGUGGACACCUCCACACUCCUCUUUGAUGGCAUUCGCCAAAAGGUCACCGCUCAUCAGCUUCACGACUGUAGGAUCAUCGACAAGGUCACACUUUCCCAGCUGCUCAAGGGCCAGAAGACUGUGCAGGAGGUGGCUCUCGACAUCCAGCUCUAUCUGAAAGGUACAGGCGCUAUUGCCGGCAUGGAUGGCCCUGAGGGCAGAAUGUCCUUCACUGAGGCUAAGAAUCAAGACCUCCUCACACCACAGAGUGCCUCCAAGCUCCUGGAGGCACAGGCUGCAACAGGCUUCAUAAUCGAUCCCAAAGCAAACGAAAAAAUGGCUGUGGAUGUAGCUGUCACCAAACACCUAGUAGACUUCCAGGACAGAGACCUGCUGUUGACAGCUGAAAAUGCCUGCACCGGCUUCAAGGAUCCCUCCAAUGGAAAGCUUCUGUCUGCAGGACAGGCUAUGAAGAAGGGCUGGAUUGACUGGGAAACAACCCUUCGUCUGCUCCAGGCUCAGGAGUCCGUUGGAGGGAUCGUUGACCCCGUCCUGAGCGUCUUCCUGACAAAGGAUGCUGCUCUGGAUCGGGAUUUAAUCGAUGAAGAACUCUACUCUGCGCUGAACAAGAGGCCGCGUUGCUACAUUGACCCUGUCACGCAAGAUGAUUCCAGCUACAUCGAUCUGAAGGUCAAGUGUCGAACAGACCCUGCCACCGGCCUUCUGCUCCUCUCAGCGCCACAGAAGCCGAUCAUGGUGAAGGGGCUCCGAAGAGAGGUCUCUGUCAAUGAACUAGUAGACUCCUGCCUGCUCGAACCUUCAGACGUGGAUCAAUUAAGAGCAGGUAAAAUAUCAAGCCAGGAUAUUGAGAUCAGGCUCAGGCAAUACCUUCAGGGUUCAACCUGCAUCGCGGGUAUUUUUGACGAAGCCAACGGUCGGAUCCUGCCCAUCUACCAGGCCAUGAAAGAAGGACUACUCAGACCAGGAGCAUCAUUGGAGCUACUUGAAGCCCAGGCCGCAUCGGGAUUCGUGAUUGACCCCAUAAAUAACCUGUAUCUGACCGUGGAGGAGGCAGUACAGAAAGGUCUGGUCGGCAAAGAGUUCAAGGACAAACUCCUGUCUGCAGAAAGAGCUGUGACUGGGUACAAAGAUCCCAAAUCAGAGAAGCUUAUCUCCCUGUUUCAAGCAAUUGAGACAGGUCUCAUUGAAAGGGGACAUGGUAUCAGGCUCCUAGAGGCUCAGAUUGCAAGCGGUGGCAUAAUUGACCCCAAAUUUAGCCAUCGCAUAGAUGUGGAUGUCGCGUAUCAGCGGGGAUACUUCGACAAGGAAAUGAGCAGCACACUGACCAGUGAGGAUGACGACUCAAAGGGUUUCUUUGACCCAAACACCGAGGAGAAUCUGACCUACCUGCAGCUUAAAAAAAGGUGCACCACUGACAAAAAAACAGGAUUGGUCCUACUGCCACUACAUGAAAAGAAAAAGUCCACCCAGAAGAACACCCUUCGCAAGCGUAGAGUGGUGAUUGUGGACCCAGACACAAAUAAAGAAAUGUCAGUGAAGGAGGCUUAUGACAGGCAGCUCAUUGACUAUGAAACCUACCUGGAGCUCACAGAGCAGGAGUGUGAGUGGGAGGAGAUCGCCAUCACAGCCCCUGACGGCUCUAUCCGAUACAUGGUCAUUGACCGGAAAACAGGCAUCCAGUACGAUGUCCAGGAUUGCCUUGAGAAGGGCCUAAUCGACAAGGUCACAUUUGACAAAUACCGCUCUAAGGUGAUGAAUCUUACUCAAUUCAUGGACAUCAUCACCAGCAAGGCGAGUCCUCAGCGGCCUGCGGCUUCUACCAGCAUAGAAGCUUCCUUCAGCGCCUCCACACAGCGCUCGGCCCCGACUCAGCACGCCGGCUCAACGCAGCAAACCGGCUCAACGCAGCAAACCAGCACCACACAGCGCACCAGCACCACACAGCACACCACCACCGUACAGCGCAGCAGCACCACGCAGCGCACCAGCACCUCAAAGUACGUCAGCUCCGGCCAGCAUUUCCGCUCCACGCAAGAGGAGCCGCCGCUCUCCCCGAACUCGCUGAAGCACAUCGCCAGCAUCUCCAUUACCCUGGCUUCCCCGUCGGAGGUGCUGGACGAGCAAAGCCCCGUGGGGGCCAUAUUUGAUUCGGACAGUCUUGAGAAGAUAACCAUCAUGGAGGCGCUGAAUCGCGGCAUACUGGACUCCAUCACAGCCCAGCGUCUGCUGGAAGCGCAGGCCUGCACCGGCGGCAUCAUCGACCACACCACCGGCAAAAGGCUUUCGGUGCAAGAAGCCGCGCGCCAGGGCAUCAUAGACGACGACAUGGCCACCAAGCUGAAGCCGGCACAGAAGGCGCACCUGGGGUUCGAGGACGUGAAGACCAAGCGGAAGAUGUCGGCGGUGGAGGCGAUAAAGGAGAGGUGGCUGCCGUACGGGGCCGGGCAGAGGUUCCUCGAAUUCCAGUAUGUGACGGGCGGCCUGUUCGACCCAGAGAUAGGCAAAAGGAGGACCCUUCAGGACGUCGUCCAGAAAGGGUGGCUGGACAGCCGAGCGGCUCAGAAGCUCCAGGACACCAGGCAUCACUCCAAGAACCUGACCUGUCCCAAGACCAAGCUGAAGAUCUCCUACAAGGAGGCCAUGGACAACUGCAUGGUGGAGGAGGGCAGCGGGCUGAAGAUGCUCCAGGCCACCUCCGUGUCCUCCAAGGGGAUCAGCAGCCCCUACAACGUAUCGUCUGCCCCCGGAUCGCGUAGCGGCUCCAGGACCGGCUCCCGUCGAGGCAGCAUAGACCUGAGCUCCAGAUACAGCUACAACUACUCCUUCAGCUCACGAUCCGUCAGUUAAACCCCAAGCCCCCCCGACGCUGGAGAGAUUAAGCGCCACACUUAACAAAGUUGCAUUUUUUUUUUCUUUUUCUCUCUUUUUUUUUUCUCUGUUUGGAAUCCAGGGGUGGGGAAUUGACACACAAGGUUGAGGCUUUGGUACAUACAUUUAAACUGAUAAUACUGGGUUUGGGCAUUGAUCAGGAAGAAAAGGGAUUAUUUAGGGACACUGGGGAUUUUUUUUUAAACUAAUUGUUUUCAAGUGCUUUUUACAUUUGAUGCAUGAGAUAUUAGAUGCUUUUUUACUUUGCUUUUGGCUUAGCUGUUACAUAACUGAAUAUCUUCAAGUAGGAGGAGGUAAUUAAUACAACAAUUCAGUUAAUUCAUGUUUUCAGUUUCUGUUGGUAUGUUUCUUUUGCUUUGAUAAGAAAGUAACACAUGCAUCUUAGUUUAUUGAUGUAUCUUACAAGUACAUGUUGAGAUGCUUUGUUUGAUUCAUUAGUUGCAAUAAAUUCCAUACAGAUUCUUUAAAUAAA